UUAUCAUGCAAAAUACACCCUCCAGAAUGGAGAAUGAAAGCCCAAGAGGAGCACUUCCUCCACAUCCACCCUUCUCUCCACCCCACCAUAUUCCGAAAUGGCUUCUUGGCAUCAAGCAAGCAAUCAUCUCAGAACUCCGAGCACAGCGAGGGAUUGCCCUUCCCCUGGCUGCAAUGAACCUAACAUGGUUUGCAAAGACCGCCAUCACCACCGCGUUCCUCGGCCGGCUCGGGGAGCUCCAACUGGCAGGAGGAACGCUCGGCUUCACCUUCGCCAACGUCACAGGCUUGUCGGUGUUAACAGGUCUGUGCUGUGCCAUGGAGCCCAUAUGUGGUCAAGCCCAUGGGGCCAGAAACUGCAAGCUUCUUCAUAAGACACUCAUCAUGGCCACCAUCUUAUUACUAGUAGCCUCUCUUCCAAUCUCCUUCCUAUGGCUCAACGUGGACGGAAUUCUUAUGCGCUUUGGACAACAAAGGGAUAUUGCUGCUCUUGCAAAGAAGUACAUAACUUAUCUUCUCCCCGACUUGGUAAUCACCUCCUUCCUCUGUCCUCUCAAGGCCUAUCUGAGCUCACAAGGAGUGACACUUCCUAUACUAUUCAGCUCAGCUAUGGCACUAGCGUUCCAUCUUCCCCUUAACGUCUUGCUCUCAAAGGAGAAGGGACUUGAGGGUGUGUCGAUGGCGAUUUGGCUGACGGACCUCACAGUGGUGAUCAUGUUGGUGUCCUAUGUGUUGGUGACUGAAAGGAGGAAGAAGAGCGACGGCACCAAGCUGUGGCGGGAAGGAGGGUGGUGGGACCAAAGGAUGCAGGACUGGCUCCGGUUGCUCAGGCUCUCCGCGCCGUGCUGCUUGACGACAUGUUUAGAAUGGUGGUGCUACGAGAUCUUGGUGCUGCUCACAGGGAGGCUUCCCGACGCCAAACAGAUGGUGGCGGUGAUCGCCGUCGUGCUCAACUUCGACUACCUGCUGUACGCGGUGAUGCUCUCCUUGGCAACAUGCGCAUCCACGCGUGUGUCAAAUGAGCUUGGUGCAGGUAAAGCCAGGGAUGCUCGUGAGUCCGCCUACGUCUCUUUAGGCCUCGGCGUCCUGACCGGAUUUCUGGGUGCAUCAGCCAUGGUGAUUGCAAGAGGAUGUUGGGGAUAUUUGUUUAGCCAUGAUGAGAAAGUUGUGGAUGGGGUGAGUAAGAUGAUGCUGUUGAUGGCUUUGAUAGAGGUGGUUAACUUCCCCUUGACGGUUUGUGGUGGGAUAGUCCGGGGGACGGCCAGACCUUGGCUGGGAAUGUAUGCUAGUCUUGGAGGGUUCUAUCUGGUGGCCUUGCCUCUGGCUGUGGUAUUGGCUUUCAAGGUAAGGCUUGGACUUGGUGGGUUGUUGCUGGGAUUCCUGAUGGGUUCUGCAGCCAGUGCCAUUCUGCUGGGGGUGUUUGUGGCUUUUGUGGAUUGGGAUGGAGAAGCGGAGAAGGCACAAACGUUGGCUGGCGUGAACACACAGGUAGGAGAAGAAAAUGAUGACAUGGAAAUGGUAGAAGAUAAUAGGCUCCCUUCAGUCCAUGGUGAAGGCGCCUAUGGAGUAAGAACAAGGCUAUUUAACUCUUUCCAACCUACCUCGUCAAUAAACUUCAGCUCCCUAGUCCCAUGGUAACGCCUUAAAUAGGCUCAAGUUUUGCGCACCCGAAAACGAUGAGCUCAGUUUUCUAAAUUCUGUCACAUAUCAUCUCAGUUGCAAUGGAAAACUUCCAGCUAUAGAGUGUCAGCAAAGGUAAGAGUCCAGCAUCAUAUGAAAAAAUUAAUUCAGACAUUACA